AUGAAUCCAUACGUCUCGUGGUCACUUGCUGCCCUCUAUUACCUCAUAUAUCCUGUCUACUUUCUACUUUGUUCUAUUGCAAUAAUCCUAAACACUCUGCUCUCGCCAAUCACCAGUCUGUUGCUCUUCUUGCUCCAGCCACUGGUCCUGUUUGCUCAGCUGCUUGCUUACUGCGCUCUUGUUCCAUUGCGAUUCUUGCAGAAAUUCGAGACAAUCUACAUUUAUCUGGGUCUUGCCUCUAUCACUGGCAUUUCAUGUGGCUUGUUGCUGCAUUUCGUUUAUUCCUUCUUGCAUUCGAAUCUGCACCUCGCUUCUGAGCCUGCUGUCCGAGGGCCUACCUCAAGACAAUACCGUGCUUCGCGCAGACGCAAAGAAGCUAUGCUCUCUCCUACCUUGUCCAUGUCCAGUGUACUCGACACCCCAGGUGCAGGCAGAUAUGGUCUGCUGGCUCAGACUAUUCACGAGGAAGACUCUGACUUCUGA